UAAUCAAUUCAAUAUUUUGAUAAAAUAGCAAACAAAUUAAAUGCAAUCUUGUUAUGUAAUACUAUUUCGUAAACAAUGUCGGUUGUUAUAAUCUUACGAGUAUUUAAGUAAUAUUCAAAAACAUUUGCAACAAUCAUUUCAAACUUGAAAGGAAAUUAACGAUCGAUGAGUGUGAAUCUUUGGAUGCGCCUGAUGGGUGACAGAUUAGUUCGAGUAUGGCGGAAGUAUAUUUACAAACUCCGGAAACGAAUAAUCAGAUAAGUUUUUCCUUAAGCUAUAGCUAAGUUGGAGAGGCAUUUUAAUGGGAUAUGGUACUUAAAGCGAGAGAUAUUUUGCGAAUUUGUUAACUGUGUUUCUAUCUACUAGUAUCGCCUGUAACGAGUAAUCAAAUACGAAUUAGAUAUUUAUUAUAAUUAAAUAGGGUUGUAUGUCAAAACACAGCUACUGAAAUAGUGUGACAUAUCAUUAUUGAGAAAUAACUUCCGGAGAAUUAUUGCGAUGGAGUUUCUAUUAAGUGAAGUGACGAUUAACACCUGAAUACGGGCGCAGACCCCAGUAUGAACUGGUUUGUCGGUAAACUAUGAGGAAAAAAUGACUCGCGUUUUAAUUGUUCUUGCGGUGAAUAUCUAAGAUUGCUUAUAAGUGAGAUUUGCUUCGAAUGAUCAAAGUUAUCAUAUACGAAUAAGAAAUGUAUUAUAAUUGAAAAGGUUUGUCUGAAAAGCGAAACACAAUUUUUAAAAAUGGGUGAGCGACCAUGAGGAAUGUAUCUCGGAAAAUAAAGUCUAUGCAGUUACUGUUGAGUGAAGUGACGGUUAUCACAUGUAUAAAGACACACACCGCAUGACUAACUGAUUUACAUGUAAACUUAGAUUAAAAAAAACAAAUAUUUUUCUGGUAUCUUUUCUUGUGAAUUUUUGUGAUAACUUUUAGGGGACAUUUAUCUCCGUUGUUCAAAACUGUUAAAUAGUAAAAAAUGUACGGCAAAGUUGGAUCAAUAUAUUCCUACGAAGCGAACAAAACGUUGGAAGAACUGAACGACGACCUAUUCCGGUUACACUAUCCCUACCCUGGUGUUCAUGAUUCUGGGAAUGGUGGUCGGCAUCAUCGGGAACGGAUUGGUGAUCAUCGUUUACAAGACGCGUUUCCGGCGUUCAAACCACCGCUACUUCAUUCUAUUUGUGGCGGUCGCCGAUUUCCUUGCAUGCGCAAUAGGCAUGCCCUUUCUAAUCGCCAGUCUGAGGUUGCCAUAUUUGAUGUCGUCAUCUGCUGCGUGCAAAAUCGUGCGAUGCUUCCAUUAUUUCGUUAACAACAGCUCUGGACUGUUGCUCGUUGUGAUUGCAAUUGAGCGUUUUCGCAAAAUUGUGCAUCCGUUUAAAAAACAGCUGUCCGUCAGACAAACUCUAUUUUUGUGCUACGCGGUGUUCUUCAUCAGCAUUGCCAUGGCCGUUCCAGCGCCAAUUGUUUACAAAGCCGUUGUCGUGGAAACCGGCGUAGCAAACAUCACGGGUCUUCAGUGCUACGUCGACGACCGUUACCACAACUGGUUCGAGAUCUACCAAGCAAUACUGAUGGUAGAAGCAUUGCUUUCGAUUGCCAUCAUAGCGGUCCUGUACUCAUUCAUCGUUCGCAAACUAUGCACCAAUGACCAAUUUAUGCAAGCAAUCAAAAGCAUGAACUCUGCGUCGUCGGGUUCGAAUAGAAGCGGGAAUUCAAGGGACGAUUAUUCUCAAGACAACUACGGAGAGACGGAAUCACCGCAGCCAUCCGAGAUAUGCCGUCAAGAGUUCAUUCAAAACAGCGAUGGUAAUGAAAAUGGACUACCAUCUUCCCCCCUCAAAAGUUUGAACCAUUUAACAGGCUCGGCUGAAACGGUCUCUAUAGGUUCCAAACACAGCGGGAGACAAACAUUACUGGAGAAAGUCCGUCGAUAUAGCAAAUGCUUCAAAAGAGCACGGAGAGGUACGGUCAGCAGCCACGCGCAGUACAUCCGAUGUAACCCUUAAUCGAUUAAACCAACCAAAGAAAUCAAACACAAUAACACCAACAAGAUCUAUUGCCAUUGAAAACUUGUUGAAGAAGAAGGCCAUGCCAUCGGAAUCGCAGAAAAACAGGACGUACAAAAAUUCGAGGACGACAGUCAGGGUAACCGUGAUGCUUUUAACGGUGUCAAUCGCAUUUGCGUUGUCUUUCAUCCCACAUCUUGCUUUAAUGAUAGUCACCAGCCAUGACACGAAGUUUCUGGGCUCGUUAAACGAGGCGAAUUAUUUGAUGUACCAGUUCUUUCUGAGAAUAUUCAUCCUAAAUAAUAUCAUCAAUCCAUUUAUUUACUGGCUUUGUGAAACAAAAUUUCGUAAAGAAUCCCGCUGCGUGCUGAAAUCGAUACUUUGCUGCUGCUGCAAAUGAAACUAUGCAAUUGUGUGCUUUUUAUAUUGUGUUGGAAUUUUACUUUAUACUUACUGUGUAUUUAAACAUCCACGAACCGUUUCAACAUUGUGUUUAAUAAUGAUCUGAUAUUCUUGUAUGUUUACAUUUAAAAAGAACGUGGUUUAUCCUGCCCUUUACAAAUGACUGAUGUUGACAUCGAAACGGACAAGUAAAUCUUGAACGUGUUUAGUGCAAAUGUAUGUGUUUUGAACGUUUAAAUUUAUACGAUAUAAUUAUAUUUAAUGUGUAUUCUGAAUACAUCGAUCAUUUAUCAUAAAAGUCUGAUAAACAUAUAUCCUCAUUAUGAAUACUGAAAACAUUUAUGAGACAGAGAAUUUUCAAAUUUACCUACUUGCGAUUAGAAAAAGUUUUUUAACAAAGAUUCGAAGAAAGCAAUAUCCUGCUUCUAUAGUGCUUCUUCAAGUUGUUUGUUCCUCAUUUAUACAAGGAUUUCAAACAGCUUGGCAUAACAGAUAACAUAUGUGUGACAGUGUGUUAAAAACAACCACAAACAGAUAGCUCCCACUUAGAUAAGGGUUAUAGUCAAGUUCAAAAAUGUAUAUUGAACUUUAAUAUCAAAUAGAGCUUGUUCGAGCUAUAUUCUCUUCAUGUAUUAAGGGACUUUAAAAAAUAUUGUUACAAAUAUUAUCCUAUAUCCCACAAAAACAGAUACCUGUCUUCAAGGUCAAGGUCUUAUAUCAAUGUUAAGAUGUCUAUCUUUUAGGACUAUUUAUGUUUCCUUAGGUUCGAAACUUUUUAUGAAUUAAAUAUUUUCGGAAUAAAUCGCCACUCAUAAUUAUUGGUCUAAAAUGUGCCACCAAGGUAUAUGAGAAUGAAGGUAGUAAAUAUAAUUGUAUUGUACAAGUAGCGUUUUAUCCCAUCUCUAAUGUCUCCAUGCAGUGACGAAUAUUAAAACAACCUAGCACCAAUGUAAACCUAAUCUUUGUGGUUACAUAGCAUAAUCCGAUGGUUAUAUUCAUACAAAGGUUAAACUGCCAAGUCAAAGAUCAGAUGAUAGCAUAUGAAUCUCCAAAAUACUACAAGUAGUUAGAAUUUCGUAAUAACUUGACACCGGUGCUAAACUAUAUCAGGUCAGGUAUUGAGCACAAUACCUCGAUAGCUGCAUGUAAGGGCGAAAAAAUACGCUGAAGUCCAAUGUUAAAGUCAACUCGUGUUGAUUAUUUAGCAUCUCAUUCUUAUGGAUGCCGAAAAAGCUUUUUAAACUUUACUUCAGAUUAUUAUAAAUACAAUAAGUUGAACGUUUCCACUGCUAAUAAACUAAUUAAUAAGAUAUUGUUAUCGUCAAAAUUUAAUGUCAAGUGAAAAAAUGCUUAUUUCUUCUUUGAUGCACCUCUGUUUGAAUUGCUAGCUCAUACUACUGUCUUUUAUGCCGUUUAUAUAGCUAAGUAGAACACUUGUAUGCUAAAUCCGAUCUGAAUAUGUCAAUAUAUAAAACAAACUCAUGUUUGCUCAUUCGAUAAAUUAAAGUCAGUGCUGAAAUCAAAGGGGUUGGUUGGUUGGUAAUGGAUAAACAUUGUCAUCUGUAUAAAACCUGUUUUCGUUAGUUCAAACCAAACAAGGGUCAUUGUCGAUUCUUAUAUAUAAUUUGGUUAGAAUUUGCUUUCCAGUAAAUCCUUAUGCUAAUCUAUAUCCAAUUAAAGUGCGGUCAGAUGGGACACAAAAUGAAGUCUUACUUGUUAAAAAUGUACGGUCAAAACUAGGACAAUAAAAGAAGUAUUUAUAUUUGUCUGUAAACGCGUUAGUAUGUUGUUUUUUCUCAUGAGAUGAGACAGAAACUAUGAUGUCAUUAUCCAAAGCAUUUACGAUAUGUAGUACUCAAGGGCAUUGGUCAAAAUCAGAAUGACAUUUAAACAGUAUUAUAGCAAAAUGUCAAUUCUGCAAAUAAACUAAAAUUAAAAGGUCAAUAACUAAAGUACCCAUAAUCCGUUAUGGCCUAAAUGGUAUAAUCAAUCGUAUUGUAUUUAUUUUUGUCAUAGUUUAAAAUGUUAUGGCUAUAGUCAUGUACACUUUGGUCAUGUCUCUUUAACAAUACGCCAAAAUGUUGACUCUAUGGAUGGCAAAUACAUUUCGAGUGCACCAUUUUUACAUGUUAGAUGAUUGACAAAAUAACCAAUACAUAAUGUGAAGAAAUUCUCAGGUAACGAGGUUUUUUUUUCUCCGGAAAAUAAAAUGCAAAACAUGUUUAACAAAUUAUCCAUAGGAUGUGGAAGCAAAGACCCUAGUAGCCGGCGGCCUUACAUUCAAUGUUGCCUUCAAUUUGUAGAAUGUAUAUUGUUCGAAUAAUUCACAUGCUUUAAGAUUGGUAUUUGACGGUUAAGUUUUAUCUCACACCUUAAUACAUGCACAAUGUGGUACAUGCAUAUAUUUAUACAUAUUGUAUUGCAUUACUAUGAUUAAUGUGAGAUAUUUAAAACACAACUAAACUUAUAAUGUAUUAUUGAGCCUCGACCUGUGAAAAGGGAGUUUAAUGCAUGUGCGUAAAGUGUCGUCCCAGGUCAUCCUGUGCAGUCCGCACAGGCUAAUUAGAGAAGACACUUUCAGCUUUUAUGAUAUAUAUAGUUAAACGAAAGUCUUUUCAUAGCAAAAAUCCAGUUUAGGCGGAAAGUAUCGUACUUGAUGAGUCUGUGCGGACUGCACAGGCUAAUCUGGGACCACACUCUAUGCACAUGAAUUAAGCUCCCUUUUCACAGAGCACGGCCCAUUAUGUAUAUAAAUUAACAGUUUCACCAAGAUUGGUAUCCUUGUUAAGUUAUUGCUAAUUGAUAAUUUAUCAAAUUUCCGUGCACAUUUUCGUACAGAAUAUCAGAACAUAUAAGUAUUUAAAAAAAAUCUAGCUCGAUUCCUCAUAUGUACGGAAUGAACUUUAUAGAGAUCUAUUCUUACCGAAAUGACACCGAUAAAAAACCCAGCCCAUAUGUCGGUUUCGAUCAAAUGAAGUCAUAGAGGAUCUUUGAUUUUAUCAAUGAAGCCGACGGACGUUAAAAGCCAAUUCGAUUUUUAUCAAUGAAACUUGUGUCAAUCGCUAAUUGUUGACAACAUGUAGAUGAAUGUGUUGGAGUUGGUGUUGGUAGUAGUGUUUGAUAUAAGAAUAAUGUCAUGUGCCGGAUUUAACAGAAUUCUGCAUUUUAAGGGACCUUUUCACAGAUUUUGGCAGAUAUUGAAGUUUAUCAUAAAAUGCUUUAUAUUGAUAAAUGUAAACAUUGGAUCUAGAAAGCUCCAGUAAAAAACACAAAUAAAAUUAAAGAAAGAAAAAAGUAACCCUCAUUUGGGCUCGAACCACUAACCCUUGGAGUAAAAGUAUCAUACUUAGAUCAAUCGGCCAUCCGUGCUCAUACAAUGAAUGAUGUAUUUUAUACUUUAUCUAAGCAAUCCUCGUUGUGUCACAAAAUAUAACGCAAACAACAUGAAUCUUCAUAUUAUUCAAUCGUUUUGGGUUGCAACGCUUUACAAUUUUCAGGUUUUUAAAUCGUCAAAAGAUGCAUACAUCUUGCAUGAGAAAACAGUAAUACUGAACAUUUACCAUGCUCUGAAAUAUCUAUUAUAUGUACUGAACCAUUAUUCAGAUAUUAUUAAUAAAAUGGUGUGUUUGUCAUUUCCGACCUAGAAUGAAAACUGUUUUAACACUUAAGACUUUUAUUGUAAAAAUGACUUAACAUUACCUUUUAAAAUUGAUAAUUAAUGUUUUAUCCCUGUGUUUGUGUGUCACCACUGACCAUUUUAUAGAUCGUCUGACCAUAGACGAUAUAUGACUUUGUAAGAAAUAGUGCUUUUUUCGCGUUCAGUAUUUUAUGGUUAAUUUCUUAUGGACAAUUUUAAGGUGAGGUCAGUGGGGGCAAUCAACAUUUAAUUUUGUAAUAUAGUCUUAAACUGUACUGUGCCUUAUGUGACUUAGUCUCAUAACUCAAAGCUGUUUUAACUGAUGUUUUAACUUACGUCCAGAUUUAAGUAGAGACUAUAUAAUUUUAUGGUAUUUGGAAGAGAGGUAACUCCGUAGUUCAUGUUACAUUUUUUCUGUAAUUUAAAUUCGUAUGUUAGCUCUCUUUCAUUUCAAUAAUGCCCUAGUCUCCUAUAACUCGAUACUUUCGAGUGGCAGCAUUUUAUAAUAAUGCUGAUGUUUUAUUGUAUGUUGUGAUUAUACAUACAUGUAUGCUGAGACUUUAAUAAACUAAUAAACCUAA